AUCCUUGCGCUAUGUAUGAGCUCAGGGACGAAAAGCUCAAAUUUCAAUGGCACAUGACAAAAAGUCGCAUCAAUUUUAAAAAAAGUCGCAUUUGAUAUUUUGUUUGCCAUUACUCGCUAAGUACUUAGAUAAUUUUUCGCCUUAUUAGAUCUGAAAUGAGCUUAUUUGAAGCGUUAAGUCAUGUUUUUCCGCCAUGUCGAACGAAGACACUUGAUCGCAAGUAGUUAGUUAAUCCGAGCCUUGCUCGCUGAGCAGCUAAUUGCCGCAAGAAAUUGAUAUAAGCUUUUCCCAGCGUCGAGCAUGAUAAACAGAAAAAACUUGAGUUUUGUUUUUAGAAAAAAACUAGAGUUUGUAGAAAAACUUAGCUUUGUAGAUAAAUUUGGGCGUUGUAUCCUAUUGGGAUAUCAUUCAGCGUGGUACAGAUGUUUGCACGUGGUAUGAUAUGUAUUUAAGUAAUAGGUUUGUGGCGUACGUCAUUACUAUUUAUUUAUUCUCUGAAUAGACUGUAAGUAUACGGAAUUGGGUGUGGCAUCCUAUAAGAAGCAAUUUAUAUGAAGUAAAUGAAUGAGUUCAGCCAUGCACUCAGUAUUGCGUAUAUUUGGUAUUUAAUUGUACUUCAAAUCGAAAAUUCUCUAGAAUUACUUUUUAAAGUAAUUAAAAGUAAAUAAAAAAGAAAUUGAAGUAAAAGUAAUUAAAAUUAUUAUUAAAAAAGCUUGUCUUACCAAUUUUAUAUUAUAGAAAACACUCCUUUCAAUCAGACUGUUUCUAGGAAUGUAUCAUUCUAUGAAAUGUACUCUGUUUUUAUUUAAAAAGGGUUUAUAUUAUUAUAUCUCAAUAACACUGUAAGUAUACGAAAUAGGACGUGGCGUCCUAAGAAGAAUCAAUCACUUUAAAACAAAUAAACAUUUCGCGUGACGUUAGAUAUGUACCUAAGUAUUGUAAAUGUCGGGUAUGUAUUUAUAUCAUAAACGUAUAUUCUCUAGAAGGCAUGUAAGUAACAACAAGAAGGCGUGUCUUACGAAUUGAUAUUAUCGAAUACGUUCAGCAAGUUUUCACUCCUGUAUCAUUCCAUCAAUUGGACAUUUUCUUCAUUGAAAGGUUAAUUAUGUGCAGCCCCAUAAAACUGGAAGUAUACGUUAUAGGGCGUGGCGUCCUACUGCAAAUUACUUGUAAUAUCAAGAUCUUCCAUCUUGCCAAAUUUCAUGCUUUUACUAAAAAUUUGAACAAUUCGGCAUAUUUUCUGCACCAUUUUCUUGUAAUAUUUUAGGGAGAUUGAAAUCAAAAGUUUUUUUUUUUAGUUUAACCCAAUUUACUAAGGGAGGGGAGGGGCGCUAGAAGUUCCCUACUCCAUCCUAUUUCCGGUACCGUUUGUGCGAUGACUGCUCUAUUUUUCUAAAAUCACAAAAAAUCUUGUAUAAUCAAGAAUCAAAAAAACUAUAUGAGCCUCCCAAUUUCUCGGAUUUUUAAAGCUAAUUUUUUUUUAUAUAAACACAUUAAAUCAUGGAAUCUAACAAACUGGCGAUUUUUCAGAUUUAAUGGACUCGUACAGAAAAUGUUUUGAAAAAUUCCUUGAAGGUGAAAAAUGUUACUUAGAAUGAUUUUAAAACUUCAUGUAUUUUGGAAGUUUUUUUUCCAUGUGUGUAACCAUGGCGUACAGAGAAUUCUGACAACAAGCAAACUAUUCACCUGUGCAACAUUGCUCAAAAAAAAUAUUUCUCAACUAAUUUUAUACUCUACAAGAAACGUGUAUAAAAUCCAACAGCUAUUUGGAUUUGUGGAAACUAUUCACAAUCGAAAAAUUCGGUGCGUUAAUCCAGGGACAUUUCCCUGGUUUAAUCAAAGUAUAAAGCGCAUUGCCAGAUUAUGAGCAUUUACACAAAAUGAGUGGUUCUUUCACGACCCGCUAGUAAGGCAGACCAGUGGAGGAAUACGUAACAGAGUGGAGAAGGAAGUCAUUCUACAAAUCGGAGUGAGUAGGAUAGAAAUGGUCGGAGGAAUAAGUGGCGCAUGCGCGAAGGUGUUCGAUAGGGAUUUGAUAAUGGAGGAAGAUGAUGAUGGAAGAGUUUAUCAACAUUCGGACACAACUGAAAAGAGCGAAAGCAGUAGGCGCUUCUGUGGAAGAGGGAAAAUUACAAACCUAUCAGGAAAGCUGUUGGGACUCCAACUAAUAGGGCAAAACAAGAAGAUUAAAGGAAAAUGAAUCAUCGUUAUUAACAUCAGGAUCCGUCGCCGCUCAUUGUUGUGUCCAGUAGCUACGACAGCUUGUGUUAAAGAGACGAGGGGAAACACGUUUUUAGAAUUUUUUUCCAAGAUGCACAGAAAAGUACUCGGAAUUCUCCUAGGCUUGGGCCUAGUCCUCGCUCUUCUCUCGGUCACAAAGAGCACCUCUUGUCCUGACCGAGCAAUCGAAAUCAUUGCCCUCACACUACCCCCCUACGCCUACCAAAAGAACGUCACCACAGGGGAUGGGAUUGGUUUGGCUUUCAUUAAGAAGACGAUCAAGAAGUGUUUUGCGAAGUGUAAUAUAUCGGAUAUUUCCUGGAAUUUUGUGAACACGACUGAGGAGCUGAGGAACGCGCUGCUCACGAACUCCACUGAUAUCGCCUUUCCUAUUUUGGAAUCCGAGCAAACAUCACUUGACAACUACGAAGACGUGACAAAUGCCAAGGGCAAGCCGUACCCGAGCCUUCAGUACACAACUAUCUUCGAGUCGCCCGGUAGCUCCUUCAUCGUUAACUUGGACAACCUCGACCUUGAGGCCCGGGACGUCGUGGUCGCAUCCCUCUUAUACAUUUGGCCAAUUUUCCUUAUUACUGUGAUUUUGGGAGGAAUCGCUGGAGUUCUGGUCUGGAUUAUGGAAUUCAAAUUUAAUCGUUCAGAAUUCCCCAAGAAUUUCUUUAAGGGAAGCUACGAGGGAUUCUGGUGGGCGUUUGUUUCCAUGACAACUGUUGGAUACGGAGACAAAACGCCCAAAACGCUGAUUGGUCGAGUGUUUGGCGUUAUCUGGAUUCUUAUUGGUCUGGUCAUCAUUGGAACCUUCACUGCCGCUGCCACAAGCGCAUUAAACGCGGGCUCAACCCUCUACACAAAUGGCCCUAAAGGCAGACGCGUUGGGGUUUUCGAGGGUCACGAAGCUUCCCAACAGGCCAUUAAACUUGGAGCCGACAUCAAAGUUUAUCGUGAUUUCGAGAAGAUGUACCAAGACCUUAACAGCGCCCAGUUGCACGGUCUUCUCGUCGACAGCUUUCAGGCGUCACAUAUUCUCAACGAUUGGGACGACAAGAGAUUAAAAGUUUUAAGCUGGCUGGAGCACAGUACGCCCUACCAAACGGCUACAAUACCAGCCAGAAUGCCAGCCUUGGUGGGGAAUAAGUGCUUCACAGAAAUCAUGAGAAAGGCAACGCGUUUAAGCAAGGCUCUCGUUCGAACAUACGUUAAGCCCAUAAAGAUGUACGACUCUGCAGAGGAAGUAGGUCUGUUCUCCAGUAAAACGCCCAUGACCCAGAUUGCCAUAGCAACAACUGUAGGGAUCUUAUGCUUCCUGGUUUUGAUAGGCACUCUUUAUCAAUGUGUGUACAAGAGUUUUAAAAGAAAAGCAUACAGCGUUAAAGACCAAAAAAUCCCGAUGCAGAGGGCUGCAAUUGAGAAUCUUCACAAAACUGCUGCAACUCUAGCGGAUCAAAUAAUGAGUCUCCAGAAACAGCUUGACACUCUUAAGACAAAUGAUGAAUUGGCGGCGAGCAAUGUGCUGGAAAAUAACGGAUACAACCGGCGCGUGUAGGCGAGUCAUAUGUACCCUUCACUGUGGCCGGGACGAGGAAUCAGAAAUAUGCACUUGUAUGAGCAAUGGAAUAUCUCGGAAGUUUCUUGGUGUCACGGAGCACCAGCACCAAAAA